UCAAGUUUGUAUAGACCGGUGUGUCCGGGGUAUUUAUAUAUAGACCUAAUAUCGCCCAACUCCUCAUAAACAUAUCGGAGCCAGUGCAGUUCAGAAUCAUAUUUUAAUAUUCACUAGGCCGUGUAUUCUUUUCUGUGAUAUACCAGCUAUUCGUCGUUAAAUAUUUGAGCUAAGAAACGAAUAAUUAUUUGUUAAUUAGGUUUUUAGUAUCUUUAUUUUGGAUCUACACGAUUUCUAGUCUUGGAUCUAUCUCAGUAUUAAUUUUGUACAAAAGCCAAUAGUAACAGAGAUUUGUUUUCAAGUGGACUAACAUCAUUGAUCUUCAAAGUGUACAUAAUUCACUUGUGCCAGGAUGGCUGCUAAAGGAUAUAAGAUCGUCUUUAUUGCCAUUAAUAUUUUACUACUGUUUAUAGGUAUCGUGCUGCUGGCCCUCGGUGCCUGGGUACUGAUUGAUGAUGACGGUCUUGUUAACCUGGCUAAACUGGACUUUGAUGGCUAUUAUGGCGACCUCUCCAAACCAGGUCUACUUGACGCGGCUGCGGUGAUUGCUAUGAUUGAGGGUGCUGCUAUGAUCUUGGUGACACUGCUGGCCUUCUUUGGAGUGGGUCAACAGUCCAAAUGUUUCCUGGCGCUGUACGCUGGGUUUGUGCUGAUUAUGGUGCUGGUACAGGCUGUUAUCAUUGCGCUCACGGUGGUCGUCAGGGAUAGGCUGGACGAAAACCUAAAACCAGCUCUAAACAUGUCAAUCCAACACGAAUACCAAGGCUUCAUCGAUUCGACCAAUAGAUUCUCCCUAUCCCUAGACCGGGCCCAUGUAAAGUUUGAAUGCUGCGGACUUAACAGUUACAAUGACUACCACGAAUUUGCUGAAGAUUGGAAAGACAGAUUUUCCCUAAAGAUCCCCAAGACAUGCUGCAAGCUAGUAGACAAGGAUUUGUACCUGGACAACAGACAGUUUACCUUUGUUAACCGCACAUGCGCUAGAGAACCCAACCCAUCGAUCUCAAACUUGAAUAAAACUUGCUACAACGAUAUCCACAAUUGGCUUGAUGAGAGGAUUGUUGUGAUCCUAGCCAUGACAGUUGUGUUUGCAGGUAUACAGUUUUUUGGAGUUAUCUUUUCAUUGUGUAUCAUCCGGGCAUUACGUGGGAAAGAAUACUACUGAAAAUAACGAAACAAAACAAAAGUGAAAUGAUUCGCCGCUUUGAUGAAAUGCCAAAAACAAAAACCAACAAUCAUGUAAACCACAUAAAAGCUUAGCAGCUAAAGAAUCGUACCUUAAGUUUUACAUAAGUGGAAUUUCGCGAUGUUGUGGACAUUUCUGCCUUCUGUUGCUGUUCUGCUACAUAUUUUAACAUUUUAGCCAGAUAAAUUACUCUCAUGUGACAUUUGCAAUGAUGCCAAAUAAGCCAUCUUGACUUACAUGUACAGAUGUGAAAACGGGUUUUGAGGUACUUUCUUUUCAUUGUGGAUAUUAUUUUUUUGUGAGGACUACAGGUUUAGACUGUCUGCAGGAAUGUGUUUCUGUAUGUGGUUAAUUAAUUUUGGGCUUAAAAUUAUAAAUAUAAACUAAUCAACCUGUAACAUAGAACAAUAGUUUUGGGAGUUAAACAAAAUAAGAUAUGUUAUUAUUAUGCUUUGACUGGAAUCUUCCUUCAGAUAUUAAAAGACAAGCUAAGUGGUUUGCAACAAUAUAUUUAACGGCUUUUAUUCCUGAUGGAUAAAGACAUUUGGUCGAAACAGUGUUAAUGUUAAACGUUGAUCUUCUAAAGUCGUUGAUUGCAGAAGUGUGGGUCUGUGUAUUGCAGGAUUGUGGGUCUCUUUGGGUCCCUGUGUAUUGCAAGAUUUUUUUGGUCCCUUUGGGUUCCUGUGUAUUGCAGGAUUGUGGGUCCAUGUGUAUUGCAGGAUUGUGGGUCCCUGUGUAGUGCAGGAUUUUGGGUCCCCAUGUAAUGCAGGAUCGUGGGUCCCUUUGGGUCCAUGUGUACUGCAGGGUUUUGGGUCCCUGUGUAUUGCAGGAUUUUGGGUCCCUAUGUAACGCAGGAUUGGGGGGGGGGGGGGGUAAUGUAUGUAGUGCAGGCCUGUAUUGUAUUUAAAUCAAUUUUUAUGUUGCCUAAUAGGAAGUUAAGUUAAAUCGUCCCUGGUAUUUGUAUGUGGGAUUUGUGUUGGUAUAAUGUAACCUACAUAUAACUCUUUUUUAUCAUUCUAUAAUGGUUACGGUUGCAUUGCAUAAAGGUGAUCUAACUUUCACUAGUCACAAUGAAUAGUCAGUUUUUCUGUUUUCUUUGGUCUGCAUUAUUUCCUUUUGUUUAAAAAAUUGCCUAGAUUAACAUAUGGGACAGUGUGGUCAAAUGGUAGAGUGCUGUUAACUUGAAACUCUCAAGUUCGAAUCCCAAACUUGUGUCAGUAAGACGUCCAAGAGUCCACCAUGUUCUGAUGGGUACCUGACUUACAUUAGGGAAAGUAUAAGUGGCUGGGCUUAGUGCUGACUGUAUAAUCCCCUCGAAUGUCGUGGUCACUGAAACAGGUGAACUCUACUUCAUCUGCCUGCCAGAGUACUUUACUUAGUUUAAAAUCAAAUAUCAAUAACGUAACCAUUUUUUUCCUUCCUUAACAUGUAAUUUAUAGCGUCAGUUGUGAGUUCGCUUUAGUAUUACAGUUUUCAUCAGCGGCUUGUGAGGACUGAUGCAGAUUUACAAUAGUAAUAUUUCUUUCUUACUUAAAAUCGUAAUGUUCGAGUUUUCAAAAUAUUGCCAGUGCAUACACGUUACUUUUUUAAACAUUUAAUUAGUGAAAUAAAAUUAAGCUUUCUCACCCAUUCCCACCCACUAAAUAUCCCCCACUUUAAUAAAUUGAGGUAUUCAUACUUAACAUAUGCCACCAUCGCCACUCUUCCACAAUACUUCAAAUAUGUCUUAAAAUGAUCCGCCCACUUACAAUACGUCAACAUUCAGUUUUAAUUUAUGCCAACACUAGCAAAUUACCUCCCUUACACUUACAUUGUGAAAAUAUAACUUACGGGAUGAUUGUUAUUUAUUCUUAUUGUUUCGCUAUACCACGACUAAGUUUUAACAUAUUACCUUGUAUAUGUAAAUAAUUCCUGUGACUCCUAAUAAAGUAUUGUAUGUUUAUUUUUAUUAUUAGAACUGGGCUGAUGUAAGUCCUUGAGUGACCACGCUUUUUCAGCUUUCACCCUCACCCAAUCGCUAUACAAAUGCAGCCCUUUUGUAUUUCUCCCCCCCCCCCCCACCAUAAUUCUGAUUACAAAAUAGAUGCAUCCCUACCACC